CCGCCCACCUAACGGGACCCCGGCGCUUCGAGCCGCUCUGGCUCGGGCCGCCUUCCCCCCUCUCCCGCGGAGCCCGCCGUGGUGCGGGGCGCCCUCCGCGCGCGGAGGCGCCUGGGCGGGGAGGCCAGCCGCGCCUGCCAGUGGGGCGGCGCGGGGGGCGGCGCCCCCCGUCCAUGCCGGCGGGUGCGGGGAGAUAGCGGCCGGCAGCCCGCUGGCGCUGGGAGCAGGUGACCCAUGUCGCUGCCCCUCCGAUUCCUGAGCGCGGAGCUCGGCGCGACGGAGCGGCAGAACACGCUGCCCCUCGCGGGCCUGGCGCUGGUGGGCGACCGGCUGCUCACCGCGGGGGAGGACGCCCGCAUCCUCUCGUUCGAGCCGCUGCCGCGGAGGGCCCGGGCGGAGGAGGCCCUCGAGUUCGUGCGCCCGUAGCUUGUGUGCCCGUCCCCGUUCGUGUCCAUGCAGGCGUCGAGAGGCGACAGCCCAGACAAGAUCGUCGUCGCGGCGGCCUGCCAGGGCGACAGCGUGGUGCACCUCUGGGAGCUGGACAGGGACCGCCGCGCCCAGGACCGGGAGCGGGAGCGGGCCAGGCAGGCGCACGCGCACGCGGCCGCCGCCGGGCUGCGCGCGCCCGGCCACCCGAGCCUGGCGCCCCCGCCGCCCGUGGAGGAGCUGCUGCUCUGCGGCCACACCGCGGACGUCCGCAGCGUGGACGUGCACGAGGCCUUCGUCCUGACGCCUCGGACGACAUGACGGCGCGCCUCUGGGACGUGCAGGCCGGCCAGGAGGUGCUGUCCAUGGGCCACCCCCACGGCGUCGCCAGCGCCUCGCUCGUGCCCGAGACCUCGCUCCUGGUCACCGCGUGCGCGGACCGCGCCACGCGCGCCUGGGACCUGCGGGUGAGCGCGCACCGGCCCACGUGCGUGAUACAGGAGCCGGAGGCCGGCGGCGCGGAGGGCGGCGGCGGGCUCGCUGUGGGCCCCGGCGCGACCCUCGCGAGCGCCGACGGGGCGGGCCAGGUGCGCCUCUUCGACAUCCCCCGCGCGGGCGCCCGCAGCACGGGCUGGUUCGAGCUGCCAGCCGUGGCCGCCUCCCUGCAGUUCGUCUUCGAGGGCCGCUUCCUGGCCUGCGCGGGCCACGACGGCGAGCUCUACGCCGUCCGCCUGGAGGACCUCGUGUCGCAGGCCUUCGCGGUGCGGCCCUCCCACGCGCCGCCCGGGCUGAGGUGCCCGCUGUCCCUCCUGCGCGCGGGCCGGCCCCUGGGCACCGACAGCGGCCUGAGCCGCUGCGUGCUGGCCUUCGCCUACCGGGCGGGGGGCCACGGCCUGGGCGUGCUCGAGGAGACGGAGGGUCUGGCCGUCCCGCGUCGGGCCCCGCCCGGGGGCAGGGAGGCGGCCGCGGAGGCGCCCGGGGCGGGCCCGGAGGACCAGGGCGAGGCGGAGGAGGCGGAGGCGGAGUCCGAGGACGAGCAGGUCGCGUACGCGCGGGAGCUCUGAGGCGCCGCCGCCGCUGCCCGGCUCUCCGCCCGCCGCGGGCGCCCCGCGCUGGCCAGCAGCCGCGCGAACGGCGGUUCGGCCGCCCGCCCGCGGCCCGCGUGCGAGCACCCCCGCGGGGCGGGGCACGGCGCCUGCGGCCGCGGAGCACCCUGCACGGCGGCCCCGGGCUGCGGGAGCCGCCCGGCCUGCCGGAGGAGCCCGCGGCGAGCGGCACGAGCGGCGGCCGGCCGCCCGAGCCGCGCGCGCGCGCGGGGCGUAGUAAACACGGAGGCCGCGG